AUCCUGUGGUUCUUAAAUCAUCUGGGCUAGAAAAUCAAAGUGUAAUAACAGAAUUUAUCCUGUUGGGACUCUCCAAUGAUCCACAAAUAGAGGAUUUUCUUCUUUUUUUGUUUAUGAUCAUUUUUUUAGUCACCAUCCUGGGAAAUAUGGCAAUUAUAUUGGUAAUCAAGUCUGAGCUUCACUUUCAGACCCCCAUGUUCUUCCUUCUUAGCCGUUUAGCUUUUGUUGACAUCUGCUAUUCCUCAGUCACUGUCCCCAAGUUGCUGGCAAACUUUGUAACAAAGCAAAAAACCAUUUCCUGGGAAGGAUGCAUUGCACAGAUUUUCUUCACUUUCCAAAUAGCUUGUACAGAAGUGUUCAUCCUCUCAGCAAUGGGUUAUGACCGGUAUGUGGCUAUAUGUGACCCCCUGCAUUACAGCAGGUACUUGACAAAAGAGAUAUGCAGUAAAAUGGUGGGUGGCGCCUGGCUCCUGGGAUUCUUUCAUGGUAUGGUGAAUGCACUGCCUUUGCUAAAUCUCUGUUUUUGUAGCAACAAUAUCAUCAGACACUAUGCUUGUGAGCUUCCUUCACUCUUGGCUUUGUCUUGUGCAAGUACCUUCACUAAUUACAUUGCUCUUUCAAUAUCUGCAUUGGUAUUUGGUGUUAGCUCAUUUCUUAUCACCCUUGUCUCUUAUAUUUACAUCAUUUUAACCAUCCUGAAAAUUAAAGCAGCAAAAGGCAGGCAGAAAGCUUUUUCUACAUGCAGCUCCCAUCUCAUUGUGGUGGGCUUAUUUUACAUUUCAGCUUUUGUUCGGUAUAUGAAGCCCAAUUCAGAAUCACUCAUGGAUCUGGACAAAGUGAUCUCUAUUCAGUAUAGCAUUUUAACUCCAAUGUUAAACCCGAUCAUAUACAGCCUGAAAAACAAGGAGAUCAGAUCUGUUCUACUGAAAAGGUUUGGAAAAUGUAGUCCCAUUCCUUACUCUUGGAACAAUAUCCAGAGCUCUUAGUAUUUGAAUAGAACCAGCAUUGGGUAAUAGCAAAACAGAUGACUAAUAUAGGAGGGCCCAGGCAUGGUCUCCCUAUCUCCUAAUGCUUCCAAUGCUGUGCUGCUAAAUUAAUGUAGAAUAAUCCAACCGAAACAAGGUAGGCAUGUUCUAACUGAACAGUUUUAUAUAUGAUCCAUCUUAUUUAGCAAUUUAAAAAAUGUUAUGUAAGUAUACAGACACAUUUAAAUGUCUUUUUUAAAAAAUGCAUUCCCUCUCAUAUAUCUCUAAAUAUAUUGUAUCUUAUAGCAUUUAAA